GAAACAUUUCUGUGCGUUUGUCUUUGCACGUUUUUCCCAUUUUAAUGUAUUUCAUGGCUCGAAAAAAAACUGCUUAAGACUUCAGAAUAAACAGCAUAUUGUGACGUAAAUUAAAUGCAUCAGGUAAAAAGUGAAUGAAUCCAUUUUUUAUUUAUUUAUUUAUUUUUCCCCCCAAUUUUUGGAAUGUAUACAUGAAGGGGAAAAUAUCCUAAAUGUGAUUCUGCCGGUCUGCACAGGCUCCUUGGCUGCUGCAGCUCUGAUGGCUUAUGAAUAACGGAGUCGAGGGCAAUUCAUCAGUAGACCGCAGGCUACCCGGGGGUGUGACUACAGUCACCGGGGUCUAUAUAUUGAGAUGUUUUGUCCGGUGGCUUUAUGUGAAUGAGAGAGAAGCUGCCCCAGUGAAAAAGUCACCGCAGCAGGACGAGCAGGACUCUUUGGCAGCGCACGCUCCCGGAGCUCAGACUCCCCCGCGAUGGAUUCCUGUUUUCGCGCACUUUGCAUGACUUUUGUCCUGGCGUCGCUCACGCGGAGGUCAGGUGCUGUCGGGCCGGUCAUCAAAUGCGAGCCGUGUGACGUCGGAGCGCGGCGUCUGUGCAAGCCUCUGCCCAAGGACUGCGCCGAGAAGGUCCGCGAACCGGGCUGCGGCUGCUGCAUGACCUGCGCGCUGAGCCUCGGCCAGCCGUGCGGCGUGUACACCGGGAGAUGUGGCUCCGGGAUGACUUGUCAGCAUCAGCCCGGGGAGACGAAACCUCUGCAGGCUCUCCUGGAGGGUCGGGGGCUCUGUGCGAACGCUACUAAUAAACGAGUCGCAGCCGGACCGACACCUCCGGUCAAUGAACUGCCAGUUGAGAAUGUUGAGACUCAGGACGAGGAGAGGAAUUCCACCGGCUGCGGCCUUCAGACCUCAUUCAGCACCCACAGGCCCGCGGGACCCGUGAGACCUCCGCCUCACCCCUUCUUCCCCUCUGCCAAGUCAGAAGUGCUCCGCCGGGAGCAGCAGAAGAGGACCCAGAUCUUUAAGAUGGAGGAGCUCCCGGGACCCCUCAUCACAGACCAGCAGAACUUCUCUCUAGAGACCAAACAGGAGCCAGAUUAUGGUCCCUGUCGGAGAGAGAUUGAGAGCAUCCUCAGCAGCCUCAAGAUUACAGACAUCCUGAACCCCAGAGGUUUCCGCAUACCAAACUGUGACAAGAAGGGCUUCUAUAAGAAAAAACAGUGCCGUCCGUCCAAAGGCAGAAAGCGAGGCUUCUGUUGGUGUGUGGACAAAUACGGGCAGCCUCUGCCAGGUUUCGAUGGGAAGGAGCGAGGAGACGCCCAGUACUACAACUCUGAGAGCCAAUAGGAGCGGAGC